AAAACGGCGCACAACAAAAAUACAAAAUUGUGGUAUACACAUCAUAAUUAUAAAUUAAAAACUUCUACUAAACAAAAAUGAAAAGAUAAAGGAAAUCUAAAUAACUAUCGUAGAUUUUCAUUUGUGGCUUCAUUCAAUUGCAAUGUAACAUUCGUGUAAGUUUGCUCUUCAGUUUACUAAUCGCGAUAUGAGUCAAACGUUAAUUCAUUUUAUUUGGAAUUCCAUGCAACAAACAUAAAUAAAUGUCAUGUCGCGGCGUUUCCUGUUCGUUGUGGCGGCUUGUGUAGUGAUGUUGUAUUUUUCGAUAAUUCUCUUCAUGUUAAACCCUUUGCACUCGGCGCGACUCGGGUACCCGCCUAUUCCUUAUCGAAAUGUGCCGAUUGUGGAUUGGUGUAAGCCGCUGCAGAGGCGCUCACCGCCUGGAGAUGUGGUGGGGCUCGCAUCCUUUCCCGGGAGUGGAAAUACAUGGCUUAGGUACUUGCUGCAGCAAGCUACAGGUAUUCUUACGGGCUCAGUAUACUUGGACCCCGGGCUCCGCAUGCAUGGGUUCCCAGCAGAGAAUGUAACCGAUGGCUCCGUCCUUGUUGUGAAAACUCAUGAGACACUUCAUACAUACCGCAAUUCAAUAUUUAAAUCUACUAUAAUAUUAAUACGGAACCCAAGAGAUGCAAUAUUGGCAGAAUACAACAGACGCCACAUGGGGCAUAUUGGCACCGCCCCAAAGUCCGCUUUCAAGAAGAAAAUCAGAAGAAAGGAGGGGGACGGAAUUGAAAAAAACAAAUCAAAAACACAUAAGGAGACAGAAUGGGAGAGGUUUGUAGCGUCGCAGAUGACGGCCUGGGAGAGCUGGCACAAGGCCUGGCUGGCUGUGUUCCGCGGGCCGAUACACAUCGUGUUCUACGAAGCACUGGUGAAGGACACCCGCCGUGUGCUUCGGGAUAUACUGAACUUCAUCAAUUAUAAUGUAACUGAGUCGGCCCUCACCUGCGCAAUAACCCAUCGUGAAGGCAUCUACAGACGUCGCAAGAAGCUCAAAGAUUUCGACCCGUUCACCGAUGAGAUGUACGUACAACUAGACAUAAUAAAGAACCGCGUAUUAGCCGUCAUAGCGGAGUAUAGGAACAAGCAUAAUGAUACAGGUAGUAGGCGACGAAGACGGAGCUAAGUAAAGAAUUCGUUGUAUCAUUUCCAUAAGUGCCAAUUCGGGUAACCAUCAGCCAACUUAAUUUAACAGAAUUAAAAGUAGCUCUAUCUCUUUCUUGCCCUUAUUGUAAGUGAAGGACGGCACUAGUUCAACAGCUGUCAAACUAAAAAUAAGUUCGUGUAAGCCCGAAUAGGCAUCAUUAUAAGUUUAUUUGUGAAAUGAUUAUAGAUUAUAGAUACUUAAUGACGUAAGGCCGACCUAAAACGUACUUAAAAUUCUUUUAAAAUAAGUAUUGUAAUCUUGUGGCUGUCUUCCGCUACAAAAGAAAAUUUAGAAACUAGUUUAUUUAUUUGUACAAUGCCACCAGUAAGGGUAGCAUGGGUUACGCGCCUUCGCUAACUAUAGUGAGGGCUUUGCGCAAUAGACAGCGAAUGCUAUCUACGUGGAUAAACGUAUAACGGCUAUCGGUCGAAGCCCUCGAUAUAGCAAAUGUAAAUUGUUACUGGCAAUAAAUUUAUUUUAUUCUUAUUCUUAUUCUUAAGUCGCGCCCUGCGCGGCGUGGAAUCCAUGGCGCGGGCGAUGGUUGACAUUUAAAUUAAAUCACAAAUGUUUGUUUGCAUUUAGAAUCUUUAUCUUGACAGAAUUAAGUUGACAGCACACGUCAAACGGGUUGCAUUGCAUAUCAGCGACAUGCCUAUGUUAUUUGCCCGUGAAUGAAUAACGAUUAAUUCAUUCAAUAUAAAAUUAUCAGCUGUCAAAUCCGUCUCUUUUCUUUUCGGCGGAUAGAUAAGAAA